AAGAUGCUGCCAUUGAAGCAAAUGUCUGGGCGUGUAAGACUGCCCAUUGCUGUGUAGGAAUCAUUAGCGCAGCCCGGUAAUAUUUGCUCGCCGGUCAGUACUCGUGUAGCUGCGGCUUUAUUGUAGCGCCUAGUGUGCAGGCUGCUAUGAAUGGGAGCAGAGCUUGGCGCUUAGCCGCUUGGCUGCUGUUGUGUCUCUCGUGCUCUGCAGCUGUAGCCAGAAAGGACUCCUGUGAGACGUGCACAAAGCUGGUAGAAAGGUUCCACAAGGGAUUAGAGAAUACGGCAAAAAAAAAUUUUGGAGGUGGAAACACAGCCUGGGAAGAAAAAACAUUAUCCAAAUAUGAAUCCAGUGAAAUUCGCCUUGUAGAAAUUAUUGAAAAUAUCUGUGACAGCAGCGACUUUGAAUGUAACCACAUGGUUGAAGAACAUGAAGAACAAAUUGAAAAAUGGUGGUUUAAGAUGAAACAGAAAUAUCCAGAUUUACUGAAAUGGUUUUGCAUUGAGGCUAUCAAGGUUUGCUGCCCAUCUGGCUCAUAUGGACCUGACUGCUUAGCUUGUCUGGGUGGUUCCGAGCGCCCGUGUCAUGGCAAUGGAUUUUGUAGUGGUGAUGGCACAAGAAGUGGAGAUGGAUCAUGUCGCUGCAAAGCUGAAUACACAGGAUCGUUUUGCCUAGAAUGUUCAGAUGGAUACUAUAGUUCUGAAAGAAAUGAUACUCAUGCGGUUUGCAUUGCUUGCAACCAAGCAUGUAAAACGUGUAAUGGACCAUCUAAUGAAGACUGCAAGGAAUGUAAUAAUGGAUGGGUCAAGGACGAUGGAAAAUGUGUAGACCUAAAUGAAUGUGCCUCAGAAGAGUCCCCAUGCAAGGAUAGCCAAUAUUGUUUAAAUACCGAAGGCUCCUUUUUGUGUAAAGAAUGUGAUGGAAGCUGCUCAGGCUGCUCUGGUGAAGGCCCUGAAAGCUGUAAGGACUGUGCUACUGGCUUUGUUAUGCUGUCUGGAAAAUGUACAGAUGUUGAUGAAUGUGAUGCUUCAGAAAAACUAUGUUUGCGAGAAAAUGAAGUCUGCUUGAACACUGCAGGCAGCUACAAGUGCACAUGCUCAGAAGGAUUUGAAGAUAAGGAAGGAAACUGUGUAAAAAUUAUGGAAACGGAAAACCCUGAAAUUACAGAAGGUGAAACGGGGACCCCAGCAAGCGACACAAAUAUUUUAAACACUGCCCAUGAGGACCUCUGAUAUUUACCAAAACAUUACAUUCAACAUUUUAAGUUAUUUAAAUGUAAACUUACACUCUACAAAGAAGGUAGCCAUGUGAAAGGAGUCACCAUUUUGCCAACCAGUGAUGCUGGAUGUCAAUGAGAUUGGAUUUGCCCUAAACGCUGCAUAUGUUUCUUAAUACAACACAAGUGUGAACUUCUAUUUUCCUACAAUACUUUAUAAUAAACUUGUUUCAUUCUGUGAAAA